UUAAUUUUCAAAUGAUUAGAAAUUUUUAGAUCUGAAAUCAAGGAAUGGCUAAGUCUCGCACAGGUUUAAUUUCAACAGGAAUAGCAGUUCUUUCUUUCCUACUAAUUAUAAUAGCUUUUUCAACCCCAUACUGGUUAGAAACUGAUGAUAGGCUCAAACAUCCUAAAUUUAAAAGAAUUGGUUUAUGGGAAGUAUGUUUUAUAGAGUUCAAAGAGCCUCAUUUCUGGUAUGAUACUACAUUUUCGAGUUGCUGGUGGAUAUUUGAAGAGGAAUUUUAUGUUAUAUUCGAUUUUCUUUUACCUGGUUGGUUCGUUUGCGUCCAGUUCUUUUUCACCCUGUGUUUUACGCUUCAUUUGAUUGCUCUUGGUUGUGUAUCUCUUUAUAUGAUUUGCAGCCGAGAAAAUUAUAGGUUUAUUCAUUUAUUAGUGUUUCUAGGUGGCACUCUUAAUAUUGCAGCUUUUAGUGGAACAAUUGCUGUUUAUAUUUUUGGACUUUAUGGCGACGGCCGUGAUUGGAUGCCUAACUGGGAACACAACAAUAUAGGAUGGUCUUACGCUCUUGCAGUCAUUGGCGUUAUAGGAUCUUACAUCUCCGGAACUCUAUAUUUAAUAGAAGCGAGGCGGCACAAAAUUAAAAGGGAUAGAGCAGAGAAGUCUUUAGGAAGACAUAGUUCUAUCUAAUUUUUUUAGCUUUAUUUUAUUCAGUAUGAUCUAUCAAAAGGAAGUAUUUUUAAAAAUUAAUUAUU